AAUUGAAUUCUCCAAAGUGUCAGUCAGUGUAUGAGUUUUUGCGGCUAAGUUAUAUAUUUUGGUGUUGAACGAUUUUAAGUAAUAUUUCCCACUAUUUUGACUUUGCCACGAGAACUUUCAGAACUACAAUUGAUUUGUCAUUUUCACACCCAUCAAAGAGUGAGCCAAUUUUUUUGUGACGCAUUCUAACUUCAUUCUGUUGUCUCAUAUUGAGUUUCAACCAUUUUUUGUGUGAAAAAAAUAUUUGAGUCGCACAAGAUAGACGCCUUUGUGUCCUAACAGUGUGUGAUGCGUAAUACUCUGGAAAAUAUAGUGAAGAAGAGAAAUGAAAAAUAAUAAGUCAAUUAAAAAUAUCAAAUAUUAAGAUAAUAAAAAAGGAACAAAUAAAAUAUUAUUCGGAUUCUGUGAUCACAAAUCUGAUAUACACAAAAACAAUAUUACUUUUUCUAUUUACAUCGUCAAAACAUCCAUCAUAAAUAUUUUGUGUGUAGACUGUGAUUCACAUUAUCGUAUAAAAACAACACAAAACACAAGAACUAAAAUUCUUGUAUGCUGAGACAGUUUAACAUAGUGCUUGAAUUAAUAAGCUCUUAAUGUGUUUAUAUGAAAAAAAAAUUGUGAGAUGAGUGCUAAUGUUUAAAGGUUUUAAAAUUAUUGUGAUUUUGAUUUCAGGUCAUUAUGCGAAUGUCUUAAUUCUUUUUUACUGGUCGUAUGAUUACGAGAUAAUUUGUAGCUUCUUACAUCAUACGAUUAAUUAAUUGUAAAAAACAGUAAUCAAGCUGAAAUAAAAAAAACCACACAAAUAUCGCAUGUGAACGAUAUUCUGAAUCAAACUAUUAUAACCAAGAAGAUAAGAAAAACAACAUAGAACCGAAACAUUUGCAUAAUUAUCGCUUGAAUCGUGUGUCUUGCCGUGAUUAUAACUGGUACAUGGUUUUCAAGAAAAGUCAAUCUGGCAAAUAGCAAACGAGUGUAUAAAAAACAUGGGCAUUUACCGAUACAUUUCUGAUACCUUUUGGUCAACAUCAGUUUGGUUGCCACCAAACACAACAUGGGCUGAUAUUGCACCAGGAUCAAGGCCUGAUGUUGACCAUGCUGAUUACAGAGACUUAUGGUGGCCAAUUCCAAUGGCCAUUGUACUACUUAUCAUAAGAUUUUGUGUUGAAAAGUAUAUUCUUAGUCCGUUUGGUAAAUCACUAGGUAUAAAAAGUGCACGAAGUAAACGUGCCACACCAAAUCCAAUUUUGGAGGACGCAUAUAGCAAAUGCAGUCGAAUACAUCAUAAAACGGUUAUUGGACUUGCAAAGCAAAUGGAUAUGACUGAGCGACAAAUCGAACGAUGGUGGAGGUAUCGGCGUGCACAGGACAAACCAUCGACACUAGUCAAAUUUUGUGAGAAUUCAUGGCGUUUCCUCUACUACACCCACAGUUUUGCUUUUGGUCUAUUUGUACUCUGGGAUAAGUCAUGGUUCUGGGAUGUCAAACACUGCUGGCAUGGCUAUCCCCAUCAAUCGGUAGACAGUGAAAUAUGGUCGUAUUACAUGUUUUCGAUGUCAUUCUAUUGGGCUUUGGUUGCGUCACAAUUCUUCGAUAUUAAACGCAAAGAUUUCUGGCAAAUGUUUGUUCAUCACAUCGUUACGUUGCUGCUACUGUCAUUGAGUUGGAUUUGUAACUUGCACCGAGUUGGAUCACUGGUGCUUGUUAUUCAUGAUUGUGCUGAUAUCUUUUUAGAAGCUGCCAAAAUAACCAAAUAUGCAAACUACCAAAAACUUUGCGAUGCAAUUUUUGCGCUUUUCACAUUCAUCUGGAUUGUUACUCGUUUGGGUUUUUAUCCGCGCAUAAUUUAUUCGAGCACUGUUGAAGCUCCACGCAUUUUACCAAUGUUCCCAGCAUACUAUAUCUUCAACAGUUUGCUAAUAUUGCUUCUAUGCUUACACGUCGCGUGGACUUAUAUGAUUUUAAAAAUCGCUCAUAAUUCACUCAAAUCAGGAAAAAUGGAAGGUGAUUGCCGUUCGAGCAGUAGCGAGUUGUCUGAUAGUUCAGAAAGCGUAAAAGGAGCAGCUAAUGGAACGCCUCAAAAGAAGUCUGUAUCAAAAUUACGGUCAACAUCAAACUCACCAAAACAUUCACACAAGGAUUAGAGAAAAAAACUUCAAGUUUUAGUUUGAAUGAAACUAAAUUAUAUUUCAAACUGUAAGAC